AUGUUCACUGUCGCCUGGAUUGCCGCGCUGUCGCACGAGCGCGCUGCUGGCGAGGCCAUGUUCGACGACGAGUUCGAAGAUGGCCCCGACGACUUCAAAAAGAGCAGCGGCGACGUCAACGCGUACUCCUGGGGUCGUAUCGGCAAGCACUAUGUGCUGAUUGCAUCAUUACCGGCGGGGGAAUAUGGUACAUCGGCCGCGGCCACGAUCGCGCAAGCGCUACGCUCGUCGCUCCCGCACAUCCGCGUUGGCUUGCUGGUGGGCAUCGGUGCUGGGAUACCCGGCGAAGUUCUGGGCCCCGACGGCACGUUUACCCUACGGCGCGAUGUCCGACUCGGCGACGUUGUUGUAAGCGAGCCGAGCGGAACAAGCGGCGGAGUAGUACAGCUCGACAAGGUGAAAAUGCUCGAGAGCAACGCGCAGCCACGCCCACUACGUAUAGGCAAUCUAAACAGCCCCCCAACUGCACUGCGGACAGCGCUAAGCAAGAUGAAGUCGCGCCAUGAGCGUGAAAGAUCGAAAAUGCUUUCGCUUAUGGAGCAAGCGCUGGGCAAGUAUCCCAAAAUGGCAGCAAGCUAUGUGCAUCCUCGACUGAAGAAGCCGGCGCUCGCGCAGGACAUCUACCACUUUCGUGACGGAACGCUCCUCGCACAUGAUGCUCGCACGGAGCCAAUGAUCCAUUACGGCGUAAUUGGAUCGAGCGACACGCUUGUGAAAUCUGCAGUGCACCGCGAUCAGCUGAUGGACAGACUCUCCGCAGAAGCCAUAGAUCCGCUGUGCAUUGAGAUGGAGGCUGCUGGUCUGAUGAACGGUUUCCCGUGCCUGGUGAUCCGUGGCGUCUGUGACUAUGCCGAUGAGUAUAAGAAUGAUAAGUGGCAGCAGUACGCAUCCCUCGUCGCAGCAUCUUUUGCGAAAGAGUAUUUGAGCUACAUCCAGCCGGACGAUGUCGAGAGAACCGGCCCUCUCAGCGGGGAUUCAGGAAUGCUGCGUGAUAUUGUUGUAAAGACACGAAUCUUGGACCAACGUCUUCACGAUCGAGAUAUGAGCGAGCGACAGCGCAGAUUUAGUGCAUGGCUUGAUGCUCCAGAUUCCUCCACGAACUUGAGCAAAGCGCGAAGGCUGCACCUCAGGGGCUCGGGUCAAUGGUUUCUCGACAGCGGUGCUUUUAAAUCCUGGGAAGCAACUCCAAGCGGAUCACUGUGGCUGAAUGGCAAUGCAGGGUGCGGCAAGACCAUCAUGAGCUCAACACUAAUCGAGAAACUUCAGGCAGAGGAUCCUCAGGAGAAAGGGCCGCUUAUAUAUUUCUUUUUUAGCUUCGCCGAGGACAAGAAGCAAACAGCAGAGCAUUGCAUACGGUCGCUUAUCGAUCAAUUAUGGCGAGAGGCUCCUGCUCGGUCUGACGACGUGGAGAAGCUCUUCCACGCAAGCAUCGACGGCGGGAAGCAGCCAUCAUGGGAGACACUCAUCAGCACGCUUGAAGCACUCAUCUCACAGUAUCGCCACGUCCGUGUCGUGCUCGAUGCACUAGACGAGUGCCAAGAUCGAAAGUCGUUACUACCAUGGCUAGACGGUCUCAUAAGCCUUGACAGUACCCAAAUGAUCGUUACAAGCCGUCGCGAGCACGACAUCAUACAGGCACUACAUGAGCACAUCCCAUCUAAGUGGACUGUAUCUCUACAUCCCACUGCAAUUGCCGACGAUAUCCAGACUUACGUGCAGCAUCGACUUCGGACCGGCGCUGGUUUCAAGAAGAUCGCAAAGGAACAUGAAAUGCGGAACGAAAUUGAAAAUACUCUUGUGCAGAAAGCUAACGGCAUAUUUCGCUGGGUCCAAUGUCAGCUUGACGAGCUUGAAAAAUGCAGAAGUUUAGCAGAUCUGCGAAGACAAUUGACGAGGCUACCUUCAGAUCUGCCCAAAACUUAUAGCCGUAUACUAGAGAACCUUCCCAAAAGCGACGAGAAGAUGACGACACAACUGCUGCAAUUUCUACUCGUUUCUGAGCGACCAUUGCGACUCGACGAAGCAGUUGAUGCAAUUGCUGUAAGCUUGUACCCCGUUCCGAGCUUCAACAAAGAGGAACGUUACCUACACCAUUCGGAUAUUAUCUCGCUUUGCUCCAGCUUGAUCUCUAUAGAACAUCAUCCAGACGAUCCGAGUGCUGAGGGCGACGCUGGCGGCUACGAAGAAGUGCAGCUCGCGCAUUUUUCGGUAAAAGAAUUCCUCUUGUCUCCGGAAUUGUACAAAACGCGGAACCAUCUCGCUCCUCGCUUCGCUCUUCGCUUCGCUAAGGCUGAGGUCGCCAAAGUGUUGCUGGUCUACCUAAUAAAUCUAGACCAUAAUCUCACGACAGCUCAAAUCGUGCAGGAGUUCCCCCUCAGUGUCUUCGCAGCACGCCAUUGGCCCAGUUUCUGUGUAGAGGCCGGCCCCGACGAUGACUUGUUGAAUCACUUCACCAUCCAGAUUCUGGAGUAUGGAUCAGACAGAUACCGUACAUGGUUGUGUCUGUAUGAUCCCGAGAGGGACGGGGACAACGAGCCAUGGACAGCCCAAAAAGCAUGCAGAACCAGAGCAGCGAUCAAUUCGCUUUACUUUGCGGCAUUAAUAGGACUGAUGCCGGCACUCCAACACCUCCUUCAGAUAGGCGCCGACGUCACCGCGCGGGGAGGCAUCUACGGUAAAGCUCUCCAGGCUGCAUCAUUUCGCGGUCACGUAGAAAUCGUCCAGCUACUACUCGACAAUGGCGCCGAGGUUAACGCGGAGGGAGGCAUCUACGGUAACGCUCUCCAGCUACUACUCGUUAAGGGCGCCGAGGUUAACGCGAAGGGAGGCUACUACGGUAACGCUCUCCAGGUUGCAUCAUUUCACGGUCACGUAGAAACCGUCCAGCUACUACUCGAUAACGGCGCCGAGGUUAACGCACAGGGAGGCUUGUAUAGAAACGUCCUCCAGGCUGCAUUAGCAGGUGGUAACGCAGAGACCGUCCAGCUGCUGCUCGAUAACGGCGCCGAGCUUAACGCGUAG